AUGAGUGUUUGGAUUUUUUUUCUAAUAACAGUUGUUUACAAGUACAUGUCAGUUACAGAAGAGACUGUUGCCUUGAAGAUUUCACAUAAGGAGCAUGUAUCAAAAAGUGACUCUAAAUAUAGAAAAUUAUUCCUAAGAGCAUGUAAUCCUCCAGACAGUAUUACAAGAGGUUCUGAAGCUGCUGUGGAUACAGAUACAUGGCUGUUACAAGGAGUCUUAGUCGUGACUAGACAUGGUGACCGUGGCCCACUCACUCAUUUAAAGGGUGGUGAUAAACUACCCUGUGAUACUGUACCUGUGUCUCCUUUGCUUAAAAGUUAUGAAGAGUUUGUACUGAACGCAAGCGCGUCAGGGCGGGCCUGGUGGGUGGCGGGGCCGGGGCCCUUCCACAACUUUCCGUCGCUCCCCCGCGCGUCGGCCACGCACUGCGCGCUCGGACAACUCACGCCUACAGGCGUACUACAGAUGAUUACUAUAGGUAAUAUUCUAAAAGAAGCAUAUGGUGAUAAGUUGGGCCUCGAAAGUAUGGAUUUGACUGGAAAACACGAUAUUGGUGGUAUAGUAUACAGCACUCGCUACCGGCGCACGUUCCAGUCGGCGCAGGCGCUGGCGUGGGGCAGCACGCGCGCGGCGGCGGCGGCGCGCGAGGCGCACAGCGUGGCCUUCUGCUUCCGCCACUGCGCCUGCGCCGCGCACCACGCGCUCGCCAAAAAAAUAAGUUCACAAGCGAAAAGCCGUUUAGAAUCUCAUCCAGCGAUAAAGGAAUUGAUAAAUAAACUAUCCAAAGCAUUGUUCGAAUCCCAAGAAUAUACAGAUGCUGAUGUAGUCAGAGAUGCGUUACUAGCUUACAUGUGUCAUGAUGCACCCCUCCCAUGCACUGAAAAAUCUAGGAAAAGACCGAAAUUAUCAAUAAAUAAAUUAAAAAAAAUUAUAUCUCAUACCUCAAAUAGACACCUACUAGACUCAGAUAUUGACACUUUAAAUAUGGAACUUGAUUACAUUAACAAUCAGUUAGAUUUUAACAACGAAAUUGGAAGGAAAGCACGCGAUAUUAUAGGGAAGUAUGAGAAAAAGACGCCACUGGAUUUUGACGCUCAGAUGGAAAGAGAAAAACUGUUGUACUACCAACAGAGAUAUAUGGACAAUGCUUAUGAAGAUGUCGUCAUAGUUAAAAAGAAUUUGGACGCAGAUUUCAAUUUUCCAAACGAUAAAGUUGACGAUUUCGAUGAAGACUACAAAGAACCUACACCAGAAAAUGACGAUUUUUGUAUUAAGAAAGAACAUGUUAUGUCUGUUUUUGCAUAUCUAGAAUGGAGUUAUAGGCAAGAAGUGAAAAAUAUAUAUAAUAAGAGACGCGGCUUACUAGUUGCCUACGGUUUAAUACACAAUAUUGUCCAAAAUAUGAUACGAAUUAUAUCAGAAAGUAAGCCGAAAUUCGUCAUAUUUUCUGGACAUGACAAAACUUUACAAGCCCUCAUAUUAGCGCUAGGUCUCAAUAAUUACCAACAUUAUAACAUACAGUACGCUUCUAGAAUGAUCUUCGAAGUGUAUAGAAAGAAAGACUUAAGGGACGAGUUUAAAUUUACCAAACGGAAAGCGGUAGCUCAAGAUUUUUAUUUCCGCGUAGUGUAUAAUGGAGAGGAUGUGACGAACAAACUGACUUUUUGUAGAAAUCGCCAGAAUGUAGUAAUGAAGGUAGUGGACCCAAUAGAUGAUCUGAAAGUGUAUAAUACAUAUUUAUGCCCAAUCGAAAAUAUAGUUCGGUUUAUCCAUGACGAUUAUUUUGCUGGUUUCAAUGUUAGCAAUUUUAAGGACGCAUGCGCAACGUAUGGAAAUGAUAAACGUAUUUUU